AUGAGACAAUCCAACAUUAUAAGAGAGCAAGAAUAUCGGAAUAUACGGAGUAGGGAGAUAACAAAUCCGCAGACAUCUAGCAGCUCCCAGGGCAGCUUGGAAUCUGUCAUAUGUCACGCAGCACAAGACGAGACGACGACGCAGAAACAAUCUUGGAGCAAGGAGGAGAUCGAAAAAACAUUAUCAAGUCUUCCGAGAGGCGACAUAGCUUUAUCUCUGAUUCCUACUCUUCAUGGCGAUGCUCUACAAAAAGUUCUGGAAGAAUUUCAAUGUGUAACUCUCAACAAAAAUGAGGAUCACAUAUCGUUGCCCACGUCCGCAGAUGAAAUUAAGGAAGAGACUAUAUUGGUUGACGAAAAUAGAGCAGCGGCUACCAUGACUCCGGUACAACUACUUGCAGAAUGGCCGGAUACGUGUCUACUGAUUUCUAGCUGGCUGGGUCAUAUAGAAAUAGUUAAGGCUUUGAUAGAAAAAGGCGUGCCAGUUUCUACGAGAGACAAUGAUGGAAGAUUUAUGACACUGCUACAUCUGGCAGCAUGUACCGCGUCCACGAAGAUCGUGGAGGAGCUACUGAAACAUGAUGCUGAUUCAUGUGAGUGGGAUUUCGAGAAGAAAUAUACCCCGUUGCAUUGUGCUGCCGUAGCUGGUUGCGUUGAUACAGUUAAAUGCUUGAUCAAGUCAAAGGCAGAUGUGGAUGCCAGAAGAAGUCCACUUUAUUACGCCGUGUUGAACAAUGCUGUGGAUUGCGUCGAAACUCUACUGCAAGCAGGUGCUUGUCCUGAUAAUUCACAGGUGCUUCUUCAUCACAACCACAAUUUAAACAUAAAUUUAGUGGAGAAGUAA